CGCCAAUAUAACACAUCUAAGAACACUAUACCGCGGGAAGUAUUCCGAAGUAGUCAAAAAUAUAGAAAAAAUAAAAGUUCCAAAAUAUACUGUCAACCAGCUAGCCAGAAUUCCAAGAUGCUACCGUGCAUUAAGAAGGGUACAAUUUACCAACAACCAGGUGAUCAUUAUGGAUGACGAAAAGUACUUCACACCGAGCAACUCCGAAAUGAAAGAAAAUGAUGGUUUUUAUACUGACAAUAUUGACAAGGUCCCUAAUAAUGUCAGAUAUAAUCAAAAAGCCAAAACACACUGGGGAUGAUAUAUUAUGUUUUGGCCUCCGAGCAAUUACUUGCCCGGAGGUUUUGGCUACUUGGCCAGACCUUACGUCCUGUCACUAUGCAAGGCAAACUCAAAAUUGGCUAGCCAACCAAAACGUAGCAUUUGUUUCGCGAAACGACAAUUCCCUUAACCUUCCUCAUGUUCAACCCAUAGAAGAUUGUUGUGCUCUUUUAUCGCAAAAAGCUUACAAAGGAGGAUGGGAAGCCCAAAAUGAAGAGGAACUUCGACGCCGAAUAUAAAAAGACGAUCCGAGAAAUCGAUUUUAACACUGUCCAAAAUCUGAUGUUAGGUAUUCGCAGGAAGUUGCUCUCUAUGGAUGAUUAUGGCCCUCUUUAUUUAAUUUAAAUUUAUAGUUUUGUUGAUUCUGAAACGUUAAUUGAUUUGAAUCACAAAUAAAUGUAUUUUUUGCCACUUAUUUGGUCUCUGAAAUGUGUGCCACAUCUUAUGGGACAUACAUCAAGCCACCACGGUAUCUGGAGGUAAUGAAAAUCAAUGUAGAAGAUGAAAUUACAUAUAGAUCUCUUAAACAAGCGCUGAACAAUACUGAAAUGGAAUGGUUUUUGAAAAUAAACAGUCAAGGCCAAUUAAGGUAGUUGUGGGAAAGUUGCAUUUAUCUUGUCAACCAGAAAAAAUCAAAGAGGACCUAAAAAAUAUAGGGACUAAAAUACUCGAAGUAAGUCAGCUAUUGAGCAGAGAAGACAGACCGCUCCCACUAUUCAUUCUAGCCUUUAACAAAGAUGUCACACCUCAGCGAAAAUGCAGCCUUUAGAUGGGUCGAUAUUUGGACCGUUUAAAAAGUAUUAUUAUUCUGCCAUGGAUUCGUGGUUGAUGCGUAAUCCAUGACAAGCGAUUACCAUUUAUGAUGUUGGACAAUACAUAAUAUGACAAUAAUUGGGGCUAACUGCAUUUCUUGUCGAAAUAUAAUUAUUAUAUGUAAAUAUAUGGAACACGAAAAGUGUCCAACCAACAUUCAAU